GCGGCGAGGAACUUCGUGCAGACUCUCCUGGUGCUGGGCUGGCUGGCCGGCCUCUGCACGGGGAUAAGCUCCAUAGACAUUGACCGCCCCGGUGACGGGAGGUGCCAGCCGAUAGAAAUCCCCAUGUGCAAGGAUAUAGGGUACAACAUGACGAGGAUGCCUAACCUGAUGGGGCAUGAAAACCAAAGGGAAGCUGCCAUUCAGCUGCACGAGUUUGCCCCCUUGGUGGAGUAUGGUUGCCACAGCCACCUGAAAUUUUUCCUCUGCUCCCUCUAUGCCCCUAUGUGCACAGAGCAGGUUUCUACACCGAUCCCAGCCUGCAGGGUUAUGUGCGAGCAGGCGAGGCUGAAAUGCUCUCCUAUUAUGGAGCAGUUCAAUUUUAAAUGGCCAGACUCCUUAGACUGCAGCAAACUGCCCAACAAGAAUGACCCUAAUUACCUCUGCAUGGAAGCCCCCAACAACGGAUCAGAUGAGCCACCCAGAGGAUCCAGCAUGCUGCCACCCAUGUUUCGUCCACAGAGGCCCAGCAGUGGCCACGAUCUGCAGCAGCACAAGGACAGCCUCAGCAGAACCUCCUGUGAAAAUCCUGGCAAGUUCCACCACGUGGAAAAGAGUGCUUCCUGCGCGCCGCUCUGCACUCCAGGGGUUGAUGUUUACUGGAGCAAGGAUGACAAACAAUUUGCUGUCAUUUGGAUUGCCAUCUGGUCCAUUCUGUGCUUCUUCUCCAGUGCUUUUACUGUACUCACUUUUCUGAUAGACCCUCAGCGUUUCAAGUACCCCGAGAGGCCCAUUAUCUUCCUCUCAAUGUGCUACUGUGUCUACUCAGUGGGGUACAUUAUUCGCCUCUUUUCAGGUGCUGAAAGUAUUGCCUGUGAUAGGGACAGCGGCCAACUCUAUGUCAUCCAGGAAGGACUGGAGAGCACUGGCUGCACCAUUGUGUUCCUGGUUCUGUAUUACUUUGGUAUGGCAAGUUCCUUGUGGUGGGUAAUCUUGACUUUAACUUGGUUUCUAGCAGCUGGGAAAAAAUGGGGGCAUGAAGCAAUCGAAGCAAACAGUAGCUACUUUCAUUUGGCAGCAUGGGCCAUUCCAGCUGUGAAGACCAUAAUGAUCCUAGUUAUGAGGAGGGUGGCUGGAGAUGAGCUGACAGGGUUGUGCUAUGUUGGAAGCAUGGAUGUGAAUGCCUUGACGGGGUUUGUACUCAUUCCUUUGGCUUGUUAUCUAAUCAUUGGCACUUCUUUUAUUCUUUCUGGUUUUGUGGCCCUUUUUCAUAUCAGGAGGGUGAUGAAAACAGGUGGAGAAAAUACUGACAAGUUGGAGAAACUUAUGGUCAGGAUUGGUGUCUUCUCAGUCCUGUAUACAGUGCCUGCAACUUGUGUGAUAGCUUGCUAUUUUUAUGAAAGACUUAAUAUGGAUUAUUGGAAAAUCGUGGCGACUCAACAGAAAUGCAAGAUGAACAAUCAGACUAAAAAUUUAGACUGCAUGAUGAAUAACUCUAUUCCAGCAGUAGAAAUUUUUAUGGUCAAAAUUUUUAUGUUAUUAGUUGUGGGCAUUACUAGUGGUAUGUGGAUCUGGACUUCCAAGACUCUUCAGUCCUGGCAAAAUGUUUGUAGUCGAAGAUUAAAGAAGAGAAGUAGGAGAAAACCUGCAAGUGUUAUUACAAGUAGCGGAAUCUACAAAAAACCUCAACAUCCACAGAAAACUCACCUUGCAAAAUAUGAGUCGACAUUACAACCACCCACUUGUGUGUGACCAGGUUUUAGAAAAGACUAUAUCUCACCUUACAGACUUACAAAUGUCCGCAGUAGCAGUCAGAAAUUAAAAAAUA